AGGUGGUACACUGGGUGCUGACGUGAAUUGGCACAGCCCAGCUCCCGCUAUAAUGUGAGGGGGGAAAAGUCCACACGCAAAGACUGGUUACAGCGUGGAUGAGCGCGGACGGUGCGCAGACGCAUCAGGUGCGCACAGGGACAGACUCCAAGACGCGCAGAGGCAAGACUUGCUUCACAGUGAAGUACAUCGCGGUGUUUACACGUAUUACUAAUGUGAGUUGUGAAAAAAAUAGAACGAGGGAUUACAAAAAAAAUAAAGAUACAAGAACGCAGUGUCUACUGGAGCGCUCAUGAAGACGCACGGGACCACAAACUCUUAAAUUGUCAUGAAGCAGCUCCAAUAGGUCCUUUUUAUUUGCAACGUUUCAAGUUUAUCCAAAGAGGGGAAAAUAAAUCAUGAACUUAUCGGAGUCUGUUUGGGUCUGGGAAGAGCCAUGGAACCUCAGCAUAUCGGAGGAAGAGGACCAGAAACUUUUAUUCGGGAUCGGCACGGAUAAUUUCAUCACGCUGCUGGUUUUCGGGCUCAUCUUUACGCUCGGCGUGCUGGGCAACUCCAUGGUGAUCACCGUGCUGGCGCGGAGCAAACCAGGGAAACCACGGAGCACCACUAACAUAUUCAUCCUCAACCUGAGCAUCGCGGACCUGUCCUACCUGCUCUUCUGCAUCCCUUUCCAGUCCACCAUCUACAUGAUGCCAACCUGGGUCCUGGGCGCAUUCAUCUGCAAAUUCAUCCACUAUUUCUUCACUGUGUCCAUGCUGGUGAGCAUCUUCACUCUGUCAGCCAUGUCCGUGGACCGAUACAUUGCCAUCGUGCACUCCAGAAAGUCCUCCUACAUCCGGGUGGCGAAGCAUGCUUUGAUCGGGGUGGUGGUGAUUUGGAUCCUCUCCCUGGCCAUGGCUGCGCCCGUCAUGUAUUACCAGAACCUUUUCCACCGAGGGGAGAAUCACACCUUCUGCUGGGAAUGGUGGCCCAAUCAAAACCAGAAGAAAGUCUAUGUCGUUUGCACCUUUGUUUUUGGUUAUGUGUUGCCCCUGCUGCUGAUUUCCUUCUGCUAUGCAAAGGUCUUAAAUCACUUGCACAAAAAACUAAGAAAUAUGUCUAAAAAGUCAGAGGCAUCAAAGAAAAAGACUGCUCAGACGGUGCUGGUGGUGGUGGUGGUGUUCUGCAUUUCUUGGCUCCCUCAUCACGUGGUUCACCUGUGGGUGGAGUUCGGGACCUUCCCGCUGAACCAGGCCUCCUUCGUGUUACGGGUGGCCGCCCACUGCCUGGCUUACAGCAACUCGUCUGUCAACCCGGUCAUCUACGCCUUCCUGUCGGAGAACUUCAGGAAGGCUUACAAGCAGGUGUUCAAAUGCCAGAUCGGGACCAGCGACUCCCCGCUCAACGACAUCAAGGAGAUCCGCAGCAAAGCAGACACUCCGCCCUCCACCAACUGCACCAACGUCUGACUGGCCGGGUGUGGAUGGUGACAUGGACUAUGGAGACUGUGUGAAGUCAGAGUGACAGAGCCAUCAGACAUGAGAGGUUUUCUUUGAUGUACAUAAGUAUGGUCGCUUGGGUAUUGCUACAGCUGUGCUGUUCCACAUAAGCGCUGUUCAUUAUACCUCGACUGGAGAAGGUAAUGCCUCUGUGGCUGCAGGGAAUGCUUAGUCCCUCUUUGAUCAGGCUCUGUCCCCUUCUUUCAUAAUACAAACCUGUGGGGUGUGGAACUCAGGAAAAUUACCCUUAAGUAAAACUUGUUUUGAAUGUAGACACUAUUUUACACGUCACAUCCCGGUAUAUUUGCAAGCCAAAACAUACAAAAUAGGAGGUCAUUGUACUUUCAGAUUUCAAACAGAUUCAAAAUCUCAAUUGGAAGACUUUUCCAACAUUAUUAUGGCAUUAUUAUGCUGUUUGAAUGUGUCUUUUUUGCCUGAAGAAAAUUUUACAGAAUUGUGAUUUUUUUUUUUUUUUUUUUUUCAGAAACGAAGGAAGGGCUUAUCAUUUCAAAUUCAGUAAACACACUAUACUUAUUAAUCCCAGUGAUGUUCUGUUUACUAGGACGCUAGAGGGUUGGCUUGUUUUCUGUCUGAACAGGAAGAUGGUGAUACAUGGUGGGAUGUGCGUUCAGUACAGAAACUGGUCCGGGACAUCUUAGCUUGGUUAGCUUCACGCAGAAGCUCCUAGGCAGCUAGCCUAGGAAUGUGACUCCUAGUAACUCAAAAUCAUGAAUGUAUAUGUUGUAAAUUCAGACAAUGUAAAAUGCACUACACAAAGUGUAGUCUGGCCUCUUGUUAAAGGUGGAGUCAGCGAUAAUAAUCCAAAACAGUUUUUGUCAUAUUCAGAAAACACCUCCACACGGUCUGUUAGCUGUCGGCUCUGUGUGGACGCGGAAAAAAAGUCUAGUGUUCAAACUCCGGGGCGGAAACAUUAGGCCAACAAACCUCAGUCCCUUGAAUGGUUCCUUGAGGCUGGCUCCAAAAGCAGAUCAAUGCCCAUAGGCCCCCAGGUUCAAAUGUCCUACUUUACUACCCCCCAUCCCCCCCAUUGUUGUCCAGACUUGCUGACUCCACUUUUAAACUGAUACAAUGUGCUUUCUAUUUCUACACAUGUUAUAUACAUAAGAUGCUAUGUUUGUGUGUGUGUGUGUGUGUGUCUGUGUGCGUGGAGUUGUUAAACGCUACGUCGGAGCUGUUCUAAGCAACAUAAGGAAUGUAAAGAGUAAUUGAUUACAUUUUGCAGGUAACGCUGCUGACUGUACAUAAGAAUAAAAACCAGGACCAUUGUCAUUGCACUUACUAUGCCUGUAUUUUAAAUGUGGUUGUAAAUAUUAUGGACACUGAUGCUGAUAUUCCCAUACGCCUGUAAAAGCCUCACUCUGUUAUGUUAUAUUGACAUUUUUCUGAUUGUGUCCUACUGUGUCACUGAGCCAGGCUGUUGGAUGUAUAUAUAAAGCUUAAUGCACCAUUUUUGGGACCCUUUCUGGUAGCCAUCUUUCUGAACAUAAAACAAUCUAACAGGAGAUCCCGUGGAGGUGAAGGAUUCGGAUGUUGUAUGCUAUUAGUGAUGUGCCACGCCUCCACACAGCAGCUUUUACCUCAGCAUGAUAAGAUUAUUAAAACUAAACAAUGCGGGACCUUUACCUCAGACCUGCAGUAUCGCACAGUAUUUUAAGAACAUCUUUGGAAGUUGUGGACUUGAAGGAAUGUGUCACAUGCUUUAAUCACUUUUGCCACUUUUUUUUUUUGGGGGGGGGGGGGGGGGGGUGGGGGGGGGGGGAUGAUUUUCAGCUUUUGCACCAACUUCAGUCCCGAGAGGAGGAACUAAUCAGUGUAAUCAGCAGUCUCUCAUCCUCCAUGCGAAAGGAUUGUUGCCAGAGAGCGGAGGAGGUGCAGUUGAUGGACUGGGGAUUCUUUUUUUUUUAAUUUUUUUUUUUUAAUGGGACAUGCAUGGAAAUUAAAUCCAGGUGUUUGUGACGAACAUGGCUAUUUGUUGGUGAGAUAUCGGUGGACACAACAGCCAAUGGGAGUUAUUGGAAUUUCAGCAGAUGAUACAGAUUGCACAUCUGUAUCAUCAAGAACACACCAAGCACAUGAACAAAAUAUUUUUUUUCAAAUUUUUAGUAGAACACUUUAGAAUAUAGCCCAUACAUUAUGGUGUAAUUAUUUUGUAUAUACUGCAAGACAAACAUGUAAGUAUAGAGGAGGAAAACAAGUGAGAUGUAAGAGAAUAAGGGACACUUUUUGAGAGGGAAUUAUCACUGGGUAACAAGGCAGAAAUACAAACAAUACAAAUUUGUGAUGAUAUCCUUUACUUUAAAAUCCCAAUAUCUUUGAAAAAGAAAUUGCCAUAUAAAAAUAUAAUUAUGGGAGUACUUCCUCCUGUUGUUGCUUGGGAAAAAAACAUUGGCCUACAUCUUGUCUUGCUACCUCUGUAGCUUUAGCUAUAAAAGAGCUAUAUUUUAAACAGUCACGUCCAUGUGACAACCAAAACGGAAGCUACAGCAGUUAUUUUAUGUCCUGUCAUAUCACAUUAAAGAUUUAGGCAAUGCAGGCUACACAAAGCACAUAUGCUUUAACUCCCAGACAAACUUAAACCACGUUCACUGAGCUAUUCAUAAGUUCAACAAACGGCAUGACCUGUUACUUUUUUAUUUUUAACAACUUCAAGAAACUAAAGAAAGAAA